GGAGCACUGUGGGAGCGGCUUCCUUGGAACCGCGCGUGGCAACGUCCCGGCCGCGCAGCUCUCCGCCGAGUGCCGGGAAGGCCGCUCCGACCCCACAGCCUUCGCGGUCUCCCUGCUCCCCUCGCCGCGAGGUACAAAUGAUGCAAAAUGUACACCUGGCCCCAGAGACAGAUGAAGAUGAUCUUUAUUCUGGUUAUAAUGACUACAAUCCAACCUAUGAUACCGAGGAAUUGGAGAAUGACACAGCUUUUCAGCAAGCUGUGAAAACUAGUCACAGCAGAAGACCUCCAAUAACUGCUAAAAUACCAAGCACAGCAGUUGGUAGACCUGUAGCUACUGGAUGUGGGUCCAAGACAUCCCUGGCAUCGUCAAUGGGAAGACCAAUGACAGGGGCUGUUCAGGAUGGAGUUACUAGACCCAUGACGGCAGUGAGAGCAGCUGGUUUUACCAAAGCAGCUUUGAGAGGCUCUGCGUUCGACCCCCUCGGUCAGUCGCGGGGCCCUGCACCGCCCCUGGAGGCCAGGAACGAAGACAGUCCAGAAGAAAAGAUAAGACAAUUAGAGAAGAAAGUAAAUGAGUUGGUAGAAGAAAGCUGUAUCGCUAACAGUUGUGGAGACUUAAAAUUGGCCUUAGAAAAGGCAAAAGAUGCAGGAAGAAAAGAGAGAGUCCUGGUGAGACAACGAGAACAAGUUACAAGUCCAGAAAACAUCAAUUUGGAUUUAACUUACUCAGUUCUUUUCAACUUGGCCAGUCAAUAUUCAGCUAAUGAAAUGUAUCCUGAAGCACUAAACACCUAUCAAGUUAUAGUGAAAAAUAAGAUGUUUAGCAAUGCAGGACGGUUGAAAGUGAAUAUGGGAAAUAUUUAUUUAAAGCAAAGAAAUUAUUCCAAAGCCAUUAAAUUCUACCGAAUGGCCUUAGAUCAAAUUCCAAGUGUCCAUAAAGAAAUGAGGAUUAAAAUUAUGCAGAACAUUGGAGUUACAUUUAUUAAAACUGGGCAGUAUUCAGAUGCCAUUAAUUCAUUUGAGCACAUAAUGAGUGUGGCACCAAACCUGAAGGCAGGCUUCAACCUAAUUCUUAGUUACUUUGCUGUUGGAGAUCGAGAAAAAAUGAAGAAGGCAUUCCAAAAACUGAUUGCUGUUCCAUUAGAAACUGAUGAAGAUGGUAAAUACAUUUCACCAAAUGAUGACCCACAUACUAAUUUAGUGAUUGAAGCUAUAAAAAAUGAUCAUCUAAGGCAAAUGGAACGUGAAAGGAAAGCCAUGGCAGAAAAAUACAUCAUGACAGCAGCAAAACUCAUUGCUCCUGUAAUUGAAACAUCUUUUGCUGUAGGUUAUGAUUGGUGUGUUGAAGUUGUGAAAGCUUCUCAGUAUGUAGAGCUGGCAAAUGAUCUGGAAAUAAACAAAGCAAUUACGUACCUGAGAGAAAAGGACUUUAAUCAAGCUGUGGAGACCUUAAAAAUGUUUGAAAAAAAGGACAGUAGUGUGAAGAGUGCAGCUGCAACCAACCUCUCAUUCCUGUAUUAUUUGGAGAAUGAGUUCGCACAAGCCAGUAGCUAUGCAGAUUUAGCUGUGAACUCUGACAGAUAUAACCCGUCAGCUCUUACUAAUAAAGGGAAUACAGUUUUUGCAAAUGGUGACUAUGAGAAGGCAGCUGAAUUCUAUAAAGAGGCUCUAAGAAAUGAUUCUUCUUGUACUGAAGCACUUUACAAUAUUGGCCUUACCUAUAAGAAGCUAAACCGGCUUGAUGAAGCUUUGGACUGUUUCCUGAAACUUCACGCAAUCCUAAGAAACAGCGCCCAAGUCCUUUACCAGAUAGCAAAUAUAUACGAAUUAAUGGAAGAUCCCAAUCAAGCUAUGGAAUGGUUAAUGCAGCUGAUCAGUGUUGUUCCAACUGACUCCAGAGCUUUGUCGAAACUGGGAGGACUGUAUGACAGUGAGGGGGAUAAAUCCCAAGCAUUCCAGUAUUACUAUGAGUCGUAUAGGUAUUUCCCGUCCAAUAUUGAAGUCAUCGAGUGGCUCGGGGCCUAUUACAUCGACACCCAGUUUUGUGAAAAAGCCAUUCAGUACUUUGAAAGAGCUUCUCUUAUACAGCCCACACAAGUGAAAUGGCAGCUGAUGGUAGCUAGUUGUUUUAGAAGAAGUGGUAACUACCAAAAAGCAUUAGAUACUUACAAAGAUAUUCACAGAAAAUUUCCAGAAAAUGUUGAAUGUCUACGUUUCUUGGUUCGUCUCUGCACAGAUACUGGAUUAAAAGAAGUUCAAGAAUAUGCAACAAAACUCAAGAGAUUGGAAAAAAUGAAAGAAAUCAGGGAACAGCGCACCAAGUCUGGCAGGGACGGCAGCGGGGGUCCCCGCGGCAGGAGAGACGGGAGCGCUGGCAGUGACGGUGGCCAGAACUGUAGUGCCGGUAGCAGAGGCGAGCGGCUCAGCGCCCAGCUCCGAGCCCUGCCCAGGACGGAGGAGCCUUACGACAGCAGCAGUAACAAGGAGCUAGACGCCUCCUAUGUGGAUCCGCUUGGCCCGCAAAUAGAAAGACCCAGAACUGCAGCCAAAAAGAGAGUCGACGAGGAUGAUUUUGCUGAUGAAGAAUUAGGAGAUGAUUUGCUUCCAGAAUAAUAUAUAUUUUAAUGUAUUAUUUAUUAAUUAAAGGGAAGGAAUCACCUUACAAGAUAAUACUCAUGUUAAAGUUUGGAUUAAAUACCCAAACUUUAAUUUUGCACACUGUCAAAACUUUAAAUAAGUGUAUUCUGUUCUAUGAGUAUGGAUUUAGAUUUUGUUUUGCUUUUAAUGGAAUAAAAACGUGUGAAAAUAAUACUUUAGGCCAGAGACUUACCCUCUUGAAAACAUUGACCCACAGUAAGAAAUAGAUCUUGUAGCGCUACCUAGUACCUCCACACACGUAAGUAUUAUUACUCACUUAUUACUACAGUGUGUGCUGCUAUUUUCUGUAAUUUCAUUGAAACAAAGUGUGAGUAAUGGAAACACUAUAUUGAUUUCAUGGUUUGCAGCUUAAAAAUACUGUGCUUGGACAUAC